AUGGAGACUUUUUGGGAACAUCCUGGAGGCACUCAAGAAAUGCAUACCACAUGUGAAGAAACACUUAAGAAAGGGGAGGCUUUUUUGUCCUCAGGGAACGUUUCAGCCUACCAGAGUGUUACAGACAGGCUAUACCAUGCGCUGCCCCCAUUGAGUAACUCUGUGAUUCAGAGUGCUGUUGCUUCACAGCUAAGGCUCCCACAGCUUCUGGAUCCUCAAAGUGGCAGGACAGUCAUGCAUUUUCCUUGGAGGACAUUCCUAAUGGAUGGAGGAUUGUUUCCAGUCACUAUCAACAACACAAUUAAUAUAAAUUACAACAUGCAGCUGUGCCUGUGCAGCCUGAGCGAUGCAGACCGAAGAGUUGCUCAUGGGGAGCUGCUGGCAAUGCAGUUUCUAAUGGAGGAUGUGCUGCAGAACAGCUACGGCUGUGCCGUGGAAGAUCACGCUGACUCUCAAGCCUCGUUAGCUAAGAGCAAGCAGCAGAAUUUGGCAGAAACGGUUGACUCAAGUGAUAAGUGGUUGGAGAACAGCAAAAAGAUGUGCAAACUCUUGCUGAGGCAUCAUGAUCCGGUCAUAUCAUGUAACUUGCUGAGGACUUUUCUGAUACUAUGGAAGCAACUAGAAAUAUUAAAGGCAGAAUGGGGCUGGCUGAAGCUGAGGGUUGAGGAUAUCAACACAGUUCCUCUCUACAAAAUGUUUUGUGAGCAAUAUGACACAGAUAUCCUAUACCCGGCCAUGAAAGCCAUAGUCAGACAAACGGGCACAGAGGAGGAGCUCGGAGAGCCCGUUACAAGCACUCAGCAUGUACUUCCCCCCAGAGGAGCAUCAGAAAUGGAAAUGAAAGUGUACCGGCUUCAGAAGCUUCUGGAAAGCCUAGAAAUCCACAUGAUCCAUGAUGUGCAGAAGAAAAUUAACCAGGAGAUGACUCUAGUGACAUCUGAAAGAGUCAGGCAAGAGAGCAGUCUCCCCACUGAGCUCUGUAAACACAGGGUAAUGCAAGAAAAUUUCUCAGUUGUACAACCACAGAUAGUCAAAGCAUUUGUUCAAAGGCUGAUGGAAAACUACCAAGAAUCAGAUACAGAGGUUACUUUUAAAAAAAGCCAUUUACAACAGCGUCUCACCAUACUGGGCUGUGGCGUCAGGGUCAGAGAGCGCAGCAACUUUGAGACCUACUCCAUGUUUUAUGAGAAUAUUCUCCAGCAGCAGCAGCGUUUACUUUACCAAAAAGAAGAAAUUGUGGGGCUGUGCCAUGAGAUAGUUAUGGAAAUAACUGCUCUCAGAGCCCAGCUUGCUGACUUAGAGGAAGAAAAUCUUGGUCUCAAAGAGAAGAUUAGAAAAGAAGUACAGGAUGAAUACGAAUCAUUAGUGAGGAACCUAUUUGUGUCUUGUGUCCAUCUAAAAGGAAAGUUGGAUGUCUAUCGCCUUAGCAUUGAGCAACGAGUGUUUGAAAUCAUCAGUGAAGUGAGAAGAGAAGGGGUUGACAAUAUGAUUGAUCUGAAGAAAAAGUUUGGCUCCGCUAAAAAUAAUGGUGACUUGAAAGAACAUUUGUCUAAACAGGAACAGCUGCAGCUCUUGCAGGAUGAAAAUAUCAGGCUAAGCAAGCUGGUUUGUAAGCUAAAGGCUCUGAACUGUUGGAAGCAAACCACUCAGAAGGCACAGCUCUCUGCAAAGCUUAGAGAUGCUGAGAAGGAAGCUCUUCAAAACAAAAAAGAGUGUCUGAAUGCUAAGAUGAUGGCAGAACAAGAGGUGACUUUGUUUCGGGGUCAGCUUACAUCUGUAAGGAAAGCUCUUGCAAAAUCUCAGGCAGACAAUGACAAGCUAAAGAAACAGGAGAGAAAUGGAUUCAAAACUAACAGCGUAAUACAGUUACCGAAGCGGGAUGUGUAUUUUAUGGCAUUGAAACAAUGUGUCCGUCUGAGUGUUUUCACCAUUGCAGGUAAACUGCCUGAGAGUUUGUGCGAGGCGCUGGUGCAGCAGGAACGGGUGUGCAGUGCUAGACAGAACACGCCUGCACCCCUGGGGGGAUCAGGGGGUGCAGCAGCUGGAGCAGCAAGCGGCUGGGCUCAGUGGCUCCGGAGGCUUUGGCUAGCUGCGUGUCCCCUGUUGGGAUGUCCCCCAGGGGUGUGCCCCAGGCCUCUGCUGUAG